UAGCUUCACAGUUCAAGUUAUUACAAGAACCCAAAACAACUCAAAUCAUUCACAAUGAAAUCCUUCGUUUGCAUUGCUCUCUUCGCCGCUAUCUUCAGCGUUGCAUUGGCUGCUACUGCUGUAUCCGGUGUUCAGGAGGCCGAAGCCGAACAACAAGGUGUACAAGGUGCCUACGAAUUGAGCCGUUUCCGUAAAGCGGCUUAUGGUGGUGGCGCCGCCGCUAGCAUUCCAGCWCCUCCUUGCCCAAAGAACUACCUUUUCAGCUGUCAACCUAACUUGGCGCCAGUCGCUUGUUCCGCCCCAGCUGCUGCUCCAUCCUACGGCUCAGCCGGUGCSUACUCAGCGCCCAUCCCAACCUAUGUGGCUCCUAUUCCAUCUGGCUACGCUGGUGUGGGYUACAACCCACAAUUCUAUCAAUAUUGAGGAAACGAUGUGAAUCUUGAAUUAGCCAUGGACUUGCGAUAACUUGCGAAUUGGAGGGAGUACAAGUGGAAUUAGUCAUUUAGUUGUAUUUAUAAAUCAUUUUAGGCGAACAAAUAAUAAAAAAAAAUUAUGAUUUUUUAACGAGAAA